GUUUACUGUGAUAAUGAUGAAAAUACAAGGAAUCUAAAAGUUGAAUCAAAUCCAGAUUGUCUUAAUCAACUUAAUAAUGAAACGCUAUGUGAAAAGUACAUUCUAGUGCAUGUUACAGCAGAUUCAAAUACAGGCGGAAGUACUUUGCAUUAUCUGUUUGAUUUGAUUGGAAAGCCAUCCGUUUUGAUAGCUAAAACGCCGAAAGACGCAUCGCUUAAUGUUAAUUGGACUCAGCUUAGUGGCAAUUCUAAUUGUAUCAAAUUUUCAAAAGAUCCGGAAUAUGUAUUUUCGACAGUUAUUGAUAAUAUAGUCCUAUUCAAUGACACAGAUGGAACUAGCAACUAUUCAGACCCAAAUAAUACGAAUGUUGAAAAAUACGAUCCUCUUCACAUUAAAUGGGAUCUUGUGAAUCUCACAGAAUCAAAUGGGAAGAAAGUGAUGCUUGAAGUUAAUGCCACUCAUGUUAACAAUGGAUCAUUCAGCCUAAGGUUCACUGCAUUUGGCUUCCAAGAUCAUAAUGAAGACCUUCCAAAACUCCUCCACACACCCGAUUCAAUGCAAAUUGAUAUAAUUGCUAGUAAUAUUAGAUCAAAUUAUUCCAGUCCACGUAUUGCGAUGGAGCUUUUGAUGGUAUCAAGUGAAGAUAAAUCAGAAGGAGCGUAUAAAUUGAACCGGAUAAGAAAUUUGGACGAUGAAUUUACGCCUGGUAUUUUUGAUGUCUAUAAUAUCUUAUCACCAAGAUCUAACAACGACACAAGAGGUGCUUUUGUCCAAUUCAGACCAGUUUGCUAUACUUCACAUUAUAGAUCAGUUUCUUAUUCAACGGAAUCAAGGCAUGGCGAAGUUCAAACUGCUGAUUCUAAGGAUUUCACUUAUUCUUUGCCAUCAAAUUUCUUCAGUUCAGUAUCACUGGACAAUGCCUUAAAACAAGCCAUUAAUAUCACUUUUGGACAACCAGAUGAUGGCUUUUAUUCCCACACAAAUUACAUUUCUUUUUCGUUCUUAAUUGGACUUGAAAGUCCAGCAACAGAAGGCUUAUCGAUGUUUGUUAAAAUAUUUAGUGCUGUAGGUCUAGGAGUUCCACUAUUAGUUCUAAUUGUCGGUGGAAUUUACGUAGCUGUUAAGAAAUACAGGAGUUAAAACAAUUUGUGUCAUUACAACUGAGCAAGCACAUGCAGCACUGAGCAUCUCAUCACAAAAGACUUGAGUCAUUUCGAAAAUGAUGAUCCAAUUAGAUAUGAAAAUCAAAGUUAUAGCAUAAUAUUUAGCAUUAAUCAAUAUUUUUUUUGUAUAAUCAGUAUUUGCGUGCGUUAUAUUGUUUGGUCAUUAAUGACGUCAGAUAUUUAGGUCAGAAGAGGGUCACAAAAUUGUGACAAAUUAUUUUUGUUAAGUUUUUGUGAUCCAUGAGCUAAUAAUUAAAUUUAUUUGAUGGACGUCAUUUGUAAAUGAUCCCCAAAAAGUUAUUUCAAUUCUAUGUUCUGGAAAAAGUUGUGAAUAUUGAUAAUAAUAAUAAAUGUGAAUGCCUUUUAAUCAAUUU